GUGAUUAUGACAUAAACUUACGUUAGGCACCAAUGUAAAAGUUUGAACUUUGAAUUUUAAACGAACAAAGUUAAUAAUUUAUUAUUUUGAGAUUGUUGAGACAUAUAUACUGUGAAGUGAAACUACACUGAUUUGUAUAACUUCAUACAAUCAUGACAAUAACACUGUCUCAGGUAAAGAAAAUAAGUACCAGUUGUAAUGCCAAUAACAUCGAAGCCAAACUCCUGUAUCCAAAUUUAUUAAUUUUUGAAAACAAUAUCUGUCUUGAAAUUGUAAAUUUGCUGAGUAACAAUGAAGAAAAUCGCGUCGAACACAAAUUUGAACAAGAAAUUGUGGAUAAAAUAUUAUUUGAUCAUUACAUCUUGCUUGUAUUCAAGUCUGGAGAUAUAUUAGCAAUUGAUGUGUUAAAAAACUUACAAAUUAAGAUCACUAAUGAUACCAACACCAGCUUGAAGAUCUGCAUGAUUGGAAGAAUUGGUAACCAUUUCUAUUUUAUUAGUGAGAGUGGUGAUACUUUUAUAAUACCAAUACACACUUCAGAGUUGUUAAAAAAAUUGGAUGAAGCUGCAAACGAGAUCUCUGUUCCUUUCAAAAAAGCUCAAGUAUCUCACUCUAGUAUUAAGGCGAAGUUUAAUACAAUAUGUGGUUUGAAUGUUUUCAUUGAAGAGGGGUGUGUAAUGGUGAAAUGUCCUUUUACUGGCAUAGUGGAAACUGUUUCCACUGAAGUCAAUUUAAAUCAUAUUGUUGCUUGGAAGGACCAGGCUGUUCUAGCAAAUGAAACUAAAAUGUGGAUUACUGAUUUGAGAGAUGCUCAGAUCAUUUAUGAAUUUGAAAAGACUGAAGCAAACUACUACCCUGUAUUGGCCCACAAUGAUUUGUUUUAUUUUCUUAUUUGGAACAGUGAAGAGAUUCAAGUUCACUGUGCUGGGUUAGCUCAAUCUCAGCAGGCUGGAGCAGCUGACCAUUCAGAUAGUUUCAACCAAACACUUACAUCUCAAGACACCCUCAAGUUCCAACUCAAGAACUUGAUUGACACCAUCACAGCUACUACCAAACCAGGAACUGUACUGCCACAACUGCAACCACUAUUUGAAGCUAUUGAAGAUUACCUAUUCCUUAUUGAAAUGACUCAAAAACUUUGCCAACUUAAUAUCACUUACAAAUCAUUGUUAUACCCACUUCAAAAGAAAAUAUCCACAACUAAAGAUACUGAGCUAAUUAACAUGGUAAGUGACUUGUCAAUCAAAAUAGAUUUAAUUGAAUAUAUCCAUUUUACAGGCAAUAGUUCAUAUGAUAAUGUCAAUGUUUUCGAUCAGAACUGCAUACAACUUUGUGUAACAUUUAUAACCAAAUGUGAUUUUGAUAUUGCAUCAAUUUGUUGGCUGAAAUAUUCUCAAUUAAAAUUAACAGUUACUCCUGAUGAUAUUGUUAAUAUACUUAAUGCUAUCAACAACAAUACCAAAUUGUCUUCCAUACUGAUUUGGUUGAAGAAUUUCAUUCCAUCAUUGUUAGAACAAAAUCCAUUUUUCAUUGACUUAUUUGUUAGAUGGGCUAGUGAAAGGGUUUUCAUGUUGGAACAGUCUACAUUUUGGCCAAAAAUAGGAUUGAAAUUUGUUGAAGAAAUAAUAGUCAUACUGGAAACAUCUUUGAAAUCAGUUUCUUUGAGACCUAUAUCCAUGGAUGAUCUUGAUAUACUCAAAACAAGAAUAACAUACAUAAUGGAAUUAAAAGACAAAUACAGAAUCAAUAUGUUCUUGAAUGAAUUGAGUUCACAAAAUCCUAAUGAAGUUGCUUUAAUAAUGUUACGGCGCUGCUACACUGAAGACCUCAAAACAUUCUUAGAAAAUUAUUUACCAUCAUAUGCUAUGCAAAAUUUAUUUGAUUUGGAUGAAAUUUUAAGUUCAUACAUUGAGAGUGAAGCAGCUAGUAGUGGUGGUGGCAUUGAUGGUGCACGCUUACAGAUUUUGCUAGAAAACUUUCAUUCAUAUAAUAACAAACUUGAAUGCCUUCUACAAGUUUUAAAAGUAUUAGAUGUGCCCUGGAACACCAGUGUACUUGAACUGGCAGUAACAACAGUUGCAAAUGCCACGAAAACCUUUACAAUGUCGGAUUCAGAAAGAGUGCUCUCUCAAGAAAUACAAAAAGAAAUUAACUAUGCAAAUGUUAAAGUAGUAUUGAAGAAAUAUAAUUUUCCAAUGACAUGUACUGAUUACAUGUUAGUCCUGCAUAAAAUUGUUAGUGCUCCAGUAAUAGAAUUGGAUGAUCUAAAAUCUAUAACAGGUGUUAUGCCUGUUUAUGCAAAUUAUGGAAACACUCUGUAUAUCGAAAGAUGCCUUCAAGAUUGUGAAACCAGAACAGCACUAAAUUACUUCAACAGUUUAUCCACAAAGGAAAAAAAGUUGUUACUAAAAGCUGUUAUAGCCAAAUAUGAUCAAAUUAUUUGUGGAACUACUCAUAAUCUGACCAUUGAAAGGAAUUACAUAGACUUCUUGAAAGGAACACAGCUUUUAAAUGAGAUUGAAAUCAAAAAUAUUGAAACACUUUACAAUUUUAAAAAUUCUUACAAUUUGCUACUGAAUAUGAAUGAUAUUUAUAAUGAAAGAGUGUGUGAAACCGCAGUUAGUAAGUGGAUACACCAAGAUGGUUCUACUGCUAGUUCUGGGCGUGGAGGAAGUGUUAUUCAGUUAAUACAUUCAUGUCAGUCACAACAUUCUGUGCUCAUUGCCUUGUUAAGAAGCACAUCCACCUGCCAACAAGUGCGGUUGGUUGUUGAAUAUCUUUUAAGAUCAUUUUCAACAAAAGAUAUAUCUGUUGAAGAUUUUAUUACAGUUUUGUCACAAUUCCAAUAUGGGGAAAAUUCUGAUUUAUUGCUAAAUUCUUAUAAUGUGUUAAUUGAGCUGGCUCUUAAUUGUAAUGAAGAAUAUUUGCAUGAUUUAAUAAAGCAAUUGUCUUUGUUGCACAAUCUUAUAAAUGCUAGUAUUAUUGUAAAGAAUUUAUCAAUAGCCUGGAAAUUCCAUUACAUAUUUUUGCCCAUUGCGUCCACUACAGCCAUUAAUGAAUUAAUUAACUUCUAUAAAAUCACACAGUAUCCAGAUAAGUUUGAUACAGAGUUUUCGAGUGUUCACAGUAAAUGUGACUUCACUUCCCUACGACUGGUUUCUAACUCUCUCGUAAACUCUGAAAUAAGUAAUCAAUCAUGGCAAGAUCUGAAGUUUGAGUUAACAAAGAAGUUGGUGUGUAAAGUAGUUGCCAACCAAGAGCUUGAUGAAGUAUUGAUGACAAGUUUAUUACUUGUAAUUAAAAGUUACGACGAAAAUAAUUGUGUUCUCGAAGUUCUAAGAGGGCAAAAUGAGUUUUUGCCACCUAACAUUCUUGGCUACCUUUCAUUACCUUCAAUGCGUCGCACUUUUGUUAUGGAUAAUGACUCAUUUUAUAAAGAAAUCGGAAAUUCUGUAUCAUAUCCUCCCCAAUAUAUUCUUAAAUCGAAAUUUAACAUCAAUUUGGCAGAUGUCGCAUUACCGGAUAACAGUGAAGAAACUUGGGAUGUCAAAGUUAUUUUAUUUUAUGUUCUGCUCCAAUACCCAAAUACUAACUUCGAUCGGCUAGUAGAACUAUGUCGUGCUCUGAAUGUCUCUACUAACGACGGCCUAUCAUUACAGUUGAUAGCUUUACUUUCCACCUGGGAAUUAAAGUAUAAAACAUUCACAGACGAAUUGGGGCACAGACAGAUGACCGUAGAAAGCGACGAAAGUAAUUUAAACAAAUGUUUUGUUAUUUGGGAUAGCAUAGAAAAUAGAGAAUUUCUGAGAGAUAUACUGAGUGAUUUUUGGAAAAAUGGCGAAGUUACUCUACAUGGUCGCGCGGUAUCCAUUAAUCCGUAUUACUAUGAAGUGUUCCUUUGUAUUUACAGAUUGAUUUUUGGCACAACUAUUGAGGUAAAGAAUACAAAAGAAUAUUUCCUACUACAUUUCCUAAAAGAUUAUAAACGUAAAAGUACUCCUAAACAAUACGAGUACGAACUGUUUUCUGUAAAAGGUAUGUUUCCUGAAAUUGGACAUUUCAGACUACCUUUCCAUCUUUUCAUGCGAGAAGACAUGUGGUCUAAUUUGAAGUCAGAAAUAACUUUAGAAACAUAUGAACGCUGGAUCCCUGCAGUUGCUUUGCUUGCUCUUGACGCUGAUUCGCAAACAGCAAAAGAUAUGAUUUGUAGUAAUGCAGUCAAGCAAACAAUGACAUCACGAAAGCGCAGCGAUGAAUUAGACUCAGAAACUAAAAAUGAACCAUGGCGCCUAACUAGUCAAGAAGAACCUUUAUUACGUGCAGCCCACAGAUGUGUUAGACAUAUUGCGAAUAUGGAGUGGGCUGGUGCAUGCCUCUUCUAUGUAUUGCAAGGGUGUGCUCGAGGAGCAGACCAAGUCGCUGCUGCUCAUCUAUGUUACCAAUUUGCGCAGCGCUGGGCUGCCCUCCAACCUGGUAAUCGUGCUGUUAGACAAAUGGAACGUCUACACGCAACUUUAUCUACUCGACACGCCUUAUACAAAAUUGACUGGGCAUGUGAGGAGCUCUUAAGACUUUCUACAGAACCAGCACAGCUCAUCCGCAACUUAUAUUUACAUCCAGAUUUUAUUUCAAAAAUGAGCCGUCAUGAUGUGAAUCGAGCUGUGAAUGAAAUCGCAGAUAAAAACGGCAUCAAUGUUAGCUCCAUAAGAAUUCAAAUACUAGAAAAUAUUCUUGAUAAAGCUAAUGGAGAUAACAAAACUGUUACUGUUUUAAAUAUAAAAGAAUUAAUGACUGCUAAAUAUAUUCUGAAAGCAACUUGCCCUAAAAUGGGCGCCAUAUAUCUGUCGCGCAUUGCUUUUGAUGAUGAGAGUGACAACAAUAAAUCCAAGAAAUUAAGAGCUCUUCAAUGUUUAAUGAGUGUCGUAGACUCUGAUACAGCCAUUAAGGUAACCAACCGUGAACGAGAUGCACUAUGGAUGUCGCUUUUAGAAUUAUUAAGUGUUGUUAGCUUGGAGAGCAUUGAUAUGCCAUGGGUAGCAGCUACAUUCAUGCACGACAAACUUCGAGGUCUGGAACAACUACUUCAAGCUACAGAGGGAAAUGCAGAUGGAUUAAAAACAGCUGCUGAACUUGCUCGCAAAUUCGGUUCUUCGCAUAUAUUACGCAGUCUCAUACCGCUUUUAUUACGUACUGGGUUAUAUGAAGAAAUGAUUCCAUUAUUACUGAAACUUACUUCUCAGCUCGACAGUACGAUAUGUACCGCAUGGCGUGCCGUCAUUUUAUCUCCAUUUCAACGUGCAGACUAUCCUAUAACUGAACGCCAAAGGGCGAAAUGUUUGAAUGCUAUAAAUUUAUUACCUAUCUGCCCUAUCAUAAAAGAUGAAGAUUUGGUAGAAAUAUGGAAAAACUGUGUAAGGUGUAAAAUAUUUGGAUUGGGUUGUUUAAUUUUACCAUAUAUGACUACUGAGACGAGGCAAUCGUUAUCUGAAUUACAGAAAAUUGAUAGGAGAAAUCUAAUAGCUAGUUUGAAAAAUUUACACAGUGAUACUUACUUGGUAUCUGGAGCUAUGCAUGUUAUUGAGAGAAUGGCGUCAAGAACUUAUAGAUAAAACAUAAGUUAUGUGUAUAUUUGGAUAGUUAUAGUUGUGUAAUGAAACAAUAAUAUAUCCAAAACUG